AUGAAUUACAUUCUUUUCUAUAUUCACAGCGAAGCACCAAAGUUUUCUUCAUCAUUCAACGAGCUCCUUGCAUUCGACGAACCAUCUCGAACACAUCACCGAGAAAGUUGCAACGCUGAAACUAUACCAGCUGCUGCACACAAAUUUCAACCGGAAUUGCACGCUUCUUUUGAUAAACACACUCAGGCACCGACCCAAGCAACGGCAAGCAAAAUCCGUAAGCAAAAACAAGGCCAGAAUGAAAACUCCCCGGAAAAGAACGAAUCAUCAUCCCUUUCUGAGAAAAGCGCGGGAUCCUCAUCCUCAUCCGGCACUGUCGACGACAAGACCCGAUCUUCCAGCAAGUGUCCAGAGAAGCUCCACACGUGCCAGCAAUGCAAGAAAACAUUCAACCGUGCGUCAAAUCUGCGCGCGCACAUGAAAACGCAUUCCGACUACAGACCGUACAAAUGCGACUUUUGCGGCAAAGGGUUCCACCAGAAAAUCGACAAACGCAUCCAUCACUACACCCACACCGGCGAGAAGCCGCAUAAGUGCAAGAAAUGCGGGCGCGGAUUUAAGCAGCUGACCCACCUCAACUACCACAUGCGCACGCAUUCUGAUACACACAUGUACCACUGCACGUAUUGCGGGAAAGGUUUUAAUCAGAAAGGAAAUCUUCAGUCUCACAUCUACGGACAUACCGGGCAGCGCCCCUUUAAGUGCCAAAUUUGCAGCAAGGGUUUCACGCUGAGGUCGACCUUGAAUACCCAUCUCCGCACGCAUGCGCCGAAGAAGCCGUUUGUUUGCGAGCAUUGUAACAAGGCGUUCUACCAAAAGAAUGCUCUGAAAAUGCAUCACAUCGCAUCCCAUCCUAUUGUGAAUGGCAAAAGUAUUUUGUAACUUCAAUACUUUUUGUAUUUUAACAUUUUUGGUAAAUGAAACUUUUCAUUGUUGUAAUGAGGUAACGCAUGGGUUUUUGUAAUUAGAUAACUGGAUGGAAACUGUACACAAACUUCACCGCAGC